CCGCAUUUUUCUAUGGUUUCUGGUACUACCAUGGUAAUGGCCUGCGCACGCUUUCGGCUCUACCUGCUCCCACAGAGAAAAAGAUGGUCCGAUCGGAAUAUAAUUAAUUGCUUGUUGGUUAGCUCCGGCGGCUUUUCGACGCCCUAAUUUUUUUCCGGCAGUCGAAGCCCUAUUAAUUUUUAAAAGAGGCUUGUUUGAGAAGCUCUGUUUUGCUUUGUCGGUUUCCGCUUUUGAUAAGUUGGAACUGAAACAGUUUGGAUUCUCGCUUUUUUUUUCAUUGAGAUGAGGGGGCCCGGUGAUCUCAGCUUGUUGUUUACGAUGGUUGCUUCUUCGUGGAGGAUUCCGGCAGUUUUGUUGGAUUUUUUUUUGGUUUGGAGUGCCGGAAGAUUCGGCUUCUGAUUGCAAGGAAACUGAAAUCGAGUGAAAUUAAAGGCAUUAAAUUGUGAAAUAAAUGGUGAAGAAGUUUUCAAGGAGUUGAGAUUGCAUAUGGAAUACAUUUUUGCAUUUCAAUCUGAUGGACUUCUUAUGAAGUUUCAUCAAUGGAGCAUACAUUUUUUGGUGCAUGAUUGAAGUCCCCGGAGCCAUGCCUGUAACGACGUCUCUAAGGAAAAAUAAGUUAUUUUAUUUUUAGAUUUUCCUUCUAUUAGUAUUUUGAGCGCAGGAUAAUUAUAGGCGGCUCCCUAUCUCUUUUUAGGCAGUUUAUUUGGGUGGUGUAAGGGCAAGCUUUUCUCUUAAUGGAGGAAUCUGCUCAUUUUAGUGAUCUGAAUCUGGGAAAUUGUGGUGUUGAUGAAGAAUUUAGGAGUUGCUGUGAGGAAGAUGAGGAUUGGCAAGAUGCAGAGGAAUCUUUUUCUGAAAGACAGGAGGAAGGCAAAGAAGAGGUUCCUUUGAGGAUAUAUGAUGGGCAAGAAGAAGGUGAUCGAUCCUCAUUAAGAAUAUCUGAACCUCUCCAAGAAGAUGUUGAGUCAUCGUUAAGUUUGCUUAUGGAGUUUGGAGAAGAUUUAGAGAAGUCGGCAGCCUUUUAUCAUGGACUUGAAGAAAUUGUUUCGGAGUGCUCACUUAGAUUGCUUGAAGGAAAUGAUCAAGAAGUUGUUCCUGAGUGCUUAAGUAGUCAGUCUAAAGUCCAUGAUGAAGAUGUUUCGGAGUGCUCCCUCAGAUUGUGUGAAGGUCAUGAAGAUGUUUCAGUGUGCUCACUAGGACUGUCUGAAGAUCAUGAGGAAGAUGUUUCAGAGUGUUUACUAAGAUUGUCUGAAGGUGUGGAAGAAGGUGUUUUGGAUUGCGAACUAAGAUUGUCUGACGGCCAUGAUGAUGAUAUUCUGGAUGCCUCACUAAGAUUUUGUGAAUCCCAUGGAGGUGAUGUCUCAGUGAGUUCAUUUCAAUUGUCUGAAGAUGAUGAAGAUAUCUCAGAAUGUUCAUUUAUAUUUUCCGAGGAUAAUGAAAAUGAUAUUUUAAAGUGCUCAGUAAUAUUAUUUGAAAAUCAUGAUGAAGAUGACGAGUUUUUAGUAAGGGUCUUCUCCAAGGGUGUUUCAGUUUCUGAGAAUUGUGAUUUAGGUUCUAGAAUCUCUGGAAUUGGUGUGGUUAUGGAAAAGCCUCAUGGUGUUCCUUUUCUUCAAGUGCAGAAAAAGCUGGAUUUCUUUGUGGAGGAAUUAAUAGCCGAACACUUAGCUUUGAUGGAUGGCCUGCUUGAGGCCCUGCGUAAUGGUUUUCAUAAGGUUUUAGCAUUUACAGAUUCAAACAAAUUUUAUGGUGUGAUUACGAGAGGUGAUACGGUUGAGGACCAGCUUUUGAUAGCCUUACGAGAAAGAAUUCAAGAACUUGCUGAUAAGUUUGAAUCAUUUGUUCUUAGAUUGGCUCCUAGAUCUGAGCUUAUGAAGCCAUUGCAGUUGGCUCAAGAAGCAACUGGAAUUCUUUGCCAGUUGAUUGAGUGCUCUACAUGUGGCGAGGAAAAGCAUCUAUCUAGAAUGAUAGAAAUGGACUGCUCCCAUAACCUUUGUUUUGAUUGCAUGUGCAUCUAUGUUAGAAGUAAAGUGCGGAGCUCACGGAUCCCUGUGAAGUGCCCCCAACUGAGAUGUAAAAAUUACAUUUCAAACAGUGUGUGUAGAUCCUUUCUUCCAUCUACUUCAUUUGAAUCUUUAGAAGGCGCCCUUACGGAAACUGAGGCAAGAAACUUGUGGAGAUUUUACUGCCCAUUUCCUGAUUGCUCAAUGCUACUUCACACCCAUCAUUCUUCAUCUUCUAGGGAGACCUCUUUGAUACAAUCCAAUAGAUAUUGCAUUGAGUGCCCUGACUGUUGUAGACAUGUCUGCUCUAGGUGUCAGGUACCGUGGCAUUCCUCUAUGAGUUGUGAGGAGUAUCAAAACUUGCCUUUAGAUGAGAGAAAUAAUGGAGAUAUAACAUUGCAUCAAUUGGCACAGCGCAACAGCUGGAGACGCUGUCAGCAAUGCAGGCAAAUGAUUGAGCUUGCAGAAGGCUGCUACCAUGUGUCAUGCUGGUGUGGCCAUGAGUUCUGCUUCUCCUGUGGCGCGGAAUAUCGAUAUGGAAGUCAGACAUGCCAAUGUGAAUUCCAUGAUGUAAACUCUGAGUCAUCUCCAGCACCAUCUGAACAUGAAAUUGAGCAUUGGAGAUGGGAUUGUUUCAAUCCCCUGCCAUCAACUAUUGAUGGUUACACAGAGCAAGAGAAGACUCAGCUUGCUCUGAUCCAAAGGUUUCUUGCUGGUGGAAUCAGCCUGGACAACCACAAUCCCUGUCAAUCUCCGCCUCGCUCGUCUGACUCGUACCUCGACACUAUCAAGGAUCUUAAUCAGCUGCCAUGGCUUGAGAGCUUCAUUUCAGUCAUUGGUGAUAGCUACCAGGAAGAUCACAUCUACUAAGACUAUGUUUGGGAUAGCUUUCUUACUUCUUCUUAAAACAGUUUUUUAGUACAACAAAUAAAAUUUUUAUACUAUAAAGUUAUUUUAAGAAGCAAUAAAAAAGCCGUCCCAAACGAAGCCUAAAACUCCUUUGCCACCGUGUUGUCUUACAUUUUAUGUUUUCUCUAAAUAAUCUGCCUCAAAUACCUGGGCUCCAGAUUUUGGUUGAAAUGAGUGAAGUUUCCAUUGAUCAUGUAUGCAGAACAUUGGGUGUGAUUCGAAGAACAGUUGAAAGGUUUGAUCACAUUAGUUUCUUUGAAGUUGGUAGCCAACAAAUUAGUGCCGUUGAAGUAUUUUUAUUAUACAAUCGCGAGUUAUGUUAUGGAAGCAGGCUAGCAGCCACCAUAUAAAUAAAGGAAUAAGGCCUCUUUCUUCUCC